CAUGGGAGGGGGCAAGCUGGUUAUAUAAGGGUGUGCAGAUUUCACACAACAGACUACAGUGCUGUCAGCUGCUGUGAAACCAUCUCCCCCCCAGCUAAACAUUUCAUUUUUUUUCUUCAGCUUAAGGAUAAGAGAAGAAGAAGAAUGGAGAUGUCGACAACUGAGAGUCCUUAUGAUUACUACGAGUACGAGGAGACAGAGAACUCCUCUAUGUGCGACUACUCAGAGUGGGCCCCAUCCUACUCUGUCAUCCCGGUGCUCUACAUGCUCAUCUUCAUCCUGGGCCUGUCUGGAAACGGGGUGGUCAUCUUCACCGUGUGGAGGGCUCAAGGCAAGCGUCGAGCCGCCGACAUCUACAUCGGCAACCUGGCCCUGGCCGACCUGACCUUCGUGGUGACUCUGCCUCUGUGGGCCGUCUACACGGCCAUGCACUACCACUGGCCCUUCGGAGUGGUGCUGUGCAAGAUCAGCAGCUACGUGGUGCUCCUCAACAUGUACGCCAGCGUCUUCUGCCUCACCUGCAUGAGCUUCGACCGGUACCUGGCCAUCGUCCACUCCCUGUCCAGCACCCAGCUGCGCACCCGGAGCCACAUUCACGCCUCGCUGACCGCCAUCUGGCUGCUCUCCGGCCUCCUGGCCGCCCCGACUCUCGUCUUUCGCGCGACCAAGCAGGACUUCGAAAACAACCGCACGUCGUGUGCCAUGGACUUCGCCCCGGUCGUGACCAAGAAGGAUCAGGAGAACCUGUGGAUCGCCGGCCUCAGCCUCUCCUCUUCGGCUCUCGGCUUCCUCCUUCCGUUCUUGGCGAUGAUGGUGUGCUACUGCUUCAUCGGCUGCACCGUCACCCGCCACUUCAACACGCUGCGCAAAGAGGACCAACGCAAGAGGAGGCUGCUGAAGAUCAUCACCACGCUCGUGGUGGUGUUCGCCGCCUGCUGGCUGCCCUUCCACAUCGUGAAGAGUGCCGACGCCCUGUCCUACCUGAACCUGUUCCCCGUCACCUGCGACUUCCUGCGCUUCCUGCUGCUGGCUCAUCCCUACGCCACCUGCCUGGCCUACGUCAACAGCUGCCUCAACCCCUUCCUGUACGCCUUCUUCGACCAGCGCUUCAGGUCCCAGUGCCUGUGCCUCCUCAGGCAGGAGAAGUUCCUGCACGCCAGCCCCCACAACUCGAUGUCCUCGCAGAAGACGGAGGCUCAGUCUCUGGCCACGAAGGUGUGACUACGGCUGGGGAGGGGGGUGAACAAUGCAGAAGGGAGCAGGUGAAACAAAACUUUGUUGUCCGCCGUGCCUGCUUGGCCAGUUUCAGGGUGUCACCUCUUUCCCCUCACCCCUCAGCCCUUUUGACUCCAUGGAUGGAAGAGGACUGAAGGUUUUGGGGGUUGAAUCACUCAGAAAGUAGCAGAAACCUUUUUUCGUGUUGGUGCGGUGGGGGGGAAAGGUGGACUAUGAAGUUCUCUUGGUUCUCCUGUGGACAUCAUGCAACGUGCUGAACUCUGAGCUCCUGAGUUACUUGUAAAUUUGCCACUCCUGGUCUUGUUUUCACGAGCGAGCUCUGGAAGUGCCACUUCUACCGCAGACUCCGCAGAUCAGACCGGUAUCUGCAGCGCAGCUGGCAGUUCUCCGUGUGUGUGUGUGUAUACGUGUGUGUGUGUGCGAGCGAAGGAGGGGUGUGCCAGUUGGUUUGGGGUGUUGGAGUCAGAUAAGACUGUAAACCCUGCGUGUGUGUAAGAGGAGGGAGGUUGGGGGGGUCAGACAGACAGACAGACAGAUGGCAGCUGACAAAUGUUUUCAGGUUGGAGGAAGGACCAGUUAAAGGUGACUGUUUUAACAGUUUGUCUGUGUGAGAAGGAAUGUGUGUGUGAGAGAGACAUGUGGUUUCUGACAAAUUAUUUUGUAAAUACACAUUAUUUUGAACUCAUGUGAAUAAUUUGUAUUAAAAAAAGGUGCUUUGAAGAAACAAA